UUCACUCACACUUACUCUGAGAUCUGUUCAGUUUUAUAUACACCGACUCCGGAGUACAACGCUGUGUGCGCGCGCAUAGUAACCAAGGCUGGCUGCGGAGGAAAGCGCGAGAAGUGCAGAAGGGGAGCGCGAGUCAGUUCAAAUAUUGCGGAUACCUGUAACAACUGAGAGACGUCACUCUACAACAGGAGCGCGUGUACGUGUGUAUUGAAUGUGCCGCAGUAGUGAGCGCACCACCUACACAUAUACCCACGCGCGCAUUUAACACAGCCGACCGUAAACUUGGGAGCUCCGUCGACAGUUUCGCACUGAAAUAUUUUUUGAAAAAAUGAUAAUCGUCGCGGAUGGCUGUGUCUUGCUUAUUGGAGAUAUGCUUCUUGGAUUUUUAUGAGAGUCGGUCGUUUUCAAGUUCGCCGUUCUUUCUUUCUGCGGUCCUCGGGAAGAGAUCAGACAAAGGAGAGCUCACUAUGAGUCGCGCGGGGCUUUUGUUUGGGUACUUUUUGGUGAAAGUUCUGGCGCUGCUGUGUUACGCGGAUGGGGAACCAGGGCAGCAGCUCGAGGGCUUCGUGAUGGUUUCGGCAUCCAACGACUCCAGGGAAGCAGAGGGAGGGCUGCCGGAGCCACCCCAUACAGAAGACAGGUGCAGGGGUUAUUAUGAUGUGAUGGGCCAGUGGGACCCACCGUUCGUCUGCAGGACAGCCAGUUACCUGUACUGCUGCGGCACCUGUGGCUUCAGGUUUUGCUGCGCUUAUAAGAGCUCGCGUCUGGACCAGAGCAAGUGCCAAAACUACGACACCCCCAUGUGGAUGAUGACAGGCAGGACCCCAUCCAAGAAAAACGACCGGAAUGACCCCACCAGGGAUAAAACUAACUUAAUCGUCUAUAUCGUUUGUGGAGUUGUAGCUAUUAUGGCGCUUGUUGGGAUAUUCACGAAACUGGGACUUGAAAAGGCGCACAGACCGCACAGGGAAAACAUGACCAGAGCGCUGGCCAGUGUGAUGCAGCAGCAGGUUCCGGGUUCGAGGGACCAGAUGGAGCGGGAGGUCACCAUGGGGUCUCAGGGCCAGCACUACGAGAACAUGCAGGCCCAGGCCCGGGCCACAGCCAACACCCUCCAGGGCCCCCAGAUGAACAGCACAGGCGCAUCCAUGGGCCCCACCCCUUCCCUGGUGCCCACAAUGGGACAAACUAUGGGUCAAAACAUGAACCAAAAUAUCGGUCAACCCAUGAACCAGACCAUGGGCCAAACCAUGGCUCACUCCAUGGGUCAGAAUAUGUCCAACACCAUGGGCCACACUAUGGCCCAAAAUAUGCCCCACACCAUGGGCCAAGGUAUGCACCACAGCAUGGGUCAAAGUAUGUCCCAUCCCAUGGGACACACCAUGGGCCAAAAUAUGGGCCAGAAUAUGGGUCAUGUCAUGGGCCAAAAUAUAGGCCAAAGCAUGGCUCACUCCAUGGGCCAAAAUAUUGGCCAAAAUAUGGGUCACUCCAUGGCUCACUCCAUGGGUCAAAAUAUGGGCCAAAAUAUGGGUCAAAAUAUAUCCCACUCAAUGGGCCACACCAUGGGACACAAUAUGGGUCAAAAUAUGUCCCACUCAAUGGGUCACACCAUGGGACACAAUAUGUCACACACCAUGGGCCCAAAUAUAUCUCACUCCAUGGGCCAUGCUAUGGGCCAAAACCUGACUCACUCAAUGGGCCAAAGUACACCACACACUAUGGGCUCAAACAUAUCUCAUUCAAUAGGCCAAAAUACAUCACACACCAUGGGCUCAAACAUAUCCCACUCAAUGGGCCAAAAUACAUCACACACCAUGGGCCCAAAUAUAUCCCACUCCAUGUCCCACACCUUAGGUCAUACUCCAGGCCAAAAAAUGACUCAAUCGCUGGUGCACACCCUCCCCCAGCCAUCGGCCCGAACUCUGCCCCAACCGAUGGCACACACCCUACCCCAACCAAUUGCCACGCCCAUUGCCACGCCCAUAACCCAAGCCUACCACACCCUGGGCCAGCUUAGCCACAACUACGACCACCACCAGUCGGCUAAGGACGUGAGCAGCAAAUAUGCCUCUCUCAAGGCUGUUGCGGAAAAGGCCAGCGAGAGCUACUUCUCCAGCCGUCGGCAGAUGGUGGAUUUCGCAGUGAAAGGCAGCCUGCCUUUGCACCCCGUGCGUUUGGACCACGGCGGCGGUGGCGGCGGCGGCGCCCCCUACAGUUCGGAGAUGUCGUGCGGCAAGCAGAACGGCCACAGGGCCAAGUCCGGCAGCCGAGCGCACGGGACCCACGGAACCCACGGGGCCCACGGGACCCACGGGCCCCACCCGCUGGCCUACGCCUCCAACACCAUCGCCAGCCCCACCGUGGUGAAGGGCUGGGGCGGGUCCGAGACCCUGGGCCGCCGGCACAACUACGGGGCUAAGAGACACUACGGCCUGGAGCACAACCAGCUCCGCUCGGCCCAGAGCCAGCACUUCCUCCCCCCGCAGCCCUACUUCAUCACCAACAGCAAGACUGAAGUGACCGUGUGACCCAGAGAGGGACAGGGAGGGAGGGAGAGGGAGAGGGAGAGGGGGGAGUGAGAGAGAGGAGGGAAGGA